GAUAAUUUGUGAUAUAAACUAUAAUGAAUAUUCUUUUUAAAAUAUAUCAUGUCUGACUUUUUUCCUUUUUUUGCUAUUGAAGAGAUUUUGCUAUUAGAAGCGGAUGAAAAUGCUUGACAUUUUUACUAUCUUUUCGUUAUCUGCAUUAUCACUAGAGACAUAAAUAUUUAUGCAUAGUUGCAUUCUGGUUUUAAAUGAACCUCUCAUCAAAUUUGAUAUUAAGCGAGGAUUCAUUUUCCUUAUCUGAAUUUAUAAGUAUCUGUACUUUUAAUUUUCUUAGUGGCUUGAUCUAGUCCAACAGUGAAGAUGAAUUGUUUGUACACCGGUUUUAUAUUUUUUGCGUAUAACUAUAUAAUAUGGGGCCAAGAUAUAGUGUAUCCAACAAGUGAAGAGAUGUCUCACGUCAGUGGUGGCAAUUCCACGAAAAUGACGGAACGUAUACCCAUAUCUUCAUCGGGUAGUUGCCCGGAAAACAUGCUUCUCUAUCCAGGCGAUGGAGCGAAGGACGCCUGGGUAUGCGAUUGUAGAUCUGGAUUCUUAUAUUUUCCAUUGAAUGAUUCCUGUCACGAAGCCUACAGACAAGGCCCUUGUCCACCCAAGAAUUAUGUUGUUCUUCCCGAGAACGAGACAGUUCCUCGUUGCGUAGAGAAUCCUUGCUUGGAGGAUGGCGUGGUACCGUACAACAACACGUGUUACCCUCUUAGAACAAUAGGAGGCCCGUGCGAACCUGAUGGAGUAAUAGGCGUGAACGAGACUACCUUCCAAUUGGAAUGCGAAGAAGCGGAUAUCGCACCUUUUAUUAUAAUUGAUGUUCCCCCAAGAAAAUGUCCACCAGGCAGCCGUAGGAGUACACUCGGUGAAUGCAAAAAAGUUAAGCAACGUACAUUACAUCAAGUUGCAUGAGGAUAACUUCGAUAUAUGUAUUUUAUAUUAUAAUUUAUAUACAAACAAUAUAUUUUAUAAUAGAAUACUUAAAGAAUAUUAAAUAACGAAAUUAGGCAUCAUAUAACAAGUAUUUCUUAUAUUACAAUUUUAAUAUAAUAGCUUUUUAUGAAUCAUAUAUAUGUAAUAGCAUCAAACAAGUAUAAAAGAAAUAGUUAUUAACUUUUAUUAUUGUAUUCUUAUAACUAUACUUAUAUUUGUUAUACUUGAAAAUAUAUCAUAAUAUGUACAUUGUUAAUGCUAUCUUUAUACAAGUCUUAUAUAAUCAAAUUAAAGACAUAUGCCAAAAC